GUCAAUAGUCUGCGCCGCGCUCACCCGUUUGCUGUGAUUCGGCAGGAGAAUAGUAAUAUAAAGAUGGCGUUUAUUAAAGAGGAGAGUGAAGACAUGAGGAUUGAAGAAGCUUCCAGAAUCAAACAUGAAGAUCCUGAGGAACAAACAGAUGCGAUGCCACUGAAGAAAGAGAGUGAAGUAAUUAAGGAAAUGGAGGAAAAAGAUCACAAUGAGAAUCAUCAUGAUUACAAAGCUGAAGAGAAAUCUUCAAGUUGCUCAAAGACUGAAAAGACGGGAAGGUCUUUCACCUGCCAACAAUGUGGAAAGAGUUUCACCCGUAAAGUCAACCUUAACAAGCACAUUAAAAUGCAUAAAGGACAACAGCCUUACACCUGCCAAGAGUGUGGAAAGGGGUUUAUUCAUACAGGAAACCUUAGAGAUCACAUGAGAGUUCACACAGGGGAAAAACCCUACAAAUGCCCUCAGUGCGAGAUGAGUUUCAGUCGCAAAUCAAACCUUAACAGACACAUUACAAUUCACAAAGCACAGAAAUCUUACACAUGCACACAGUGUGGGAAGGGUUUCAAUCAUAUGGGAAACCUUAAAGAUCACACGAGAGUUCACACUGGAGAAAAACCCUACACUUGCCAACAGUGCGGGAAGAGUUUCAGUUAUUCAGGACACUAUAAAGUCCACAUGCGAAUUCACUCCGGAGAGAAACCCUACACAUGCCCACAGUGCGGAAAGAGUUUUAGUCAUACAGGGAACUAUACAGUCCAUAUGAGAAUUCACUCUGGAGAGAAACCCUACACAUGCCCUCUGUGCAAAAAGAGUUUUACUCAUAAAUUAAGCUUUAACAGGCAUGCUAAAAUCCAUAAAGGACAACAGCCUUACACCUGCGAGCGGUGUGGAGAUUGUUUUGUUCAAUAUGAAACCCUUGAAUUUCACAUCAAAGUUCACUCUGGAGAAAAACUCUACACGUGCCCUGAGUGCGGAAAGGGUUUUGAUCAAAAAAGAGACUUCGGAGCCCAUCUGAGCAUGCACACUGGAAAGAGAGUGUACACAUGUCCUCUGUGCGGAAAGAGUGUCUGUGGAACGAGACACUUUGAGAAACACUUCAGAACUCACACUGGAGAAAAACCACACACAUGCCCCGAGUGUGGGAAGAGUUUCUCACAAAAAGAUAGCCUCGACAGGCAUGUUGAAAUCCACAAAGGACAAAAACCUUACACGUGUGAACACUGCGGAGAUCCGUUUGAUCAACAUGAAAGCCUUGAGCUGCACAUGAGAGUUCACUCUGGAGAAAAACCCUUCACAUGCCCUGAGUGUGGAAAGGGGCUCAACACAAAGGGACACUAUAAAGCUCACAUGAGAAUUCACUCUGGAGAGAAACUGUACUCAUGCCCCGAGUGUGGAAAGGGUUUCAAUCAUAAUGGACACCUUAAGGACCACAUGAGAGUUCACUCUGGAGAGAAAUCGUACAAGUGCCCUCAGUGCGGAAGGACUUUUUAUCAACAAAUAAACCUUAUUUCCCAUGUAAGAUAUCACUCUGCAAAGUAUAGUAAAAAAUAGUGUAGAGUCGGCACCUAUAGCCUAGUGGUUAGUGCGUCGACAUGUAGCACCCAGGUGCUCGCGGUGACCCGAGUUCGAUUCCCGGCUCGAUGCCCUUUGCCGAACCUUUCCCACUCUCUGCUCCCCAUACUUCCCUGUCAGUAAAUCUCCACUGUCCUAUCAAAUAAAGGUGAAAACCCAAUUAAAAAAUAAAUAAAUAGUGUGGAGAGUCUUAGUAAGGAAAAACUUACAAACUGCAGUUAAAGUUGUUUUCUAAAUAUUAUAGUUUAUACAUGAACAACCACAACUUCAAGUGUAACUACAAAGAAACUGCAGCCCCGCAGAACACAAACCUGUUAUAAUUAUCAAACCCAAAAAGCACUGUGAUCUAUGAGAAUAAAAUUACACUUUAGAGAAAUAAUCAAUCUGUUUUGCUAACUUGCAGAGGAGACAAACUCGGGCAAUAACACAUGAUUACAUGGUCAAAAUCUCUAGCAACAUUACUAGGAUGCAUUCUCAGUAUUUCUAAGCACUUUGUGGGCUGAAGUUAAAGGGUUUCUGAAAUUUCUGUCCAUUUUAUAAUCUUUUCCAAAUGUAACAGAUACCAUUGACAUAGUCUCAGAUACAGUAACAAUUAAACUCUCGACAAACUUAAAAAAAAAAACAUCCUCCUGCUUAGACAUCUCCUCGUUGAUAACAACUUGAGCCCUGGAGAAUGAGUGACUAACUGUGCCUAAUACGUUCCUGUUCGAGGCGCCAAUCUUGUAAGGGGCAAAUUUACCCCAUUGUGUAGGGGGGAUUAAUUUGAGCUGGCCUGAAAGUUCUUACUCUCCACUCUCCACAUGUUUUUUUGUCUUUUACUCAUUAAUUUGUGUAUGAGGUUACUUACCUUAUUGUGUAAGAAAAAAAAAAAAAAGAUUAAAAAGAGUUUAUCGCUAUCCUUCAGCGUAUUCUCUGUUUUAUAAUAGGUUUAGUUAAUUAUAUCACUGAGACGCAAUGAGAUUUACACAGAUUACAGGCGUCGUCCCAUUGAGCUCGGAAAACACAGAAAUCUGUAUUUAUACGGAAGAAUCACGUCUCUGUACAACACAUGUUCAGAUAAUGCUGAUUUGAGUAUUCCAUGUUGAAAUUAAAUUAUGUUUACAUAUAGGAUGUGUUGGUCUACUUGUAUUGUGAAAACCUGGCAACCCUGCAGAUCUGAAUGAGGAUCAAAUGUUGAGCUUUGAGGAUGAACACCAACCUGUUUGUUCCUCAGGAUCUUCAUGUUUGACUCUGAAAGCUUCUUCAGUCUCUUCAUGUUUGACUGUGAAUGUUUCUUCAAUCUUGAUGUCUUCACUCUCCUCUUUAAUAAACGCCAUCUUUAUAAU